UGUGUUUUCUUUUGUUGUAGCUUUGGGAGUUCAGGAUUCUGCCAUAGUGUAUUUGCUGAGGACACAACAGCUAGACAGACCUAGCUGAUCCUGCCUAAGUCUUGAAGACUUUAUUGGAUUCGCAUCCUACUCCAUUAACUCCCACCUCCCUUGGGCUCUUUCAUGACACAAAUGGGAGAAAAAUGUGGAUGGAGAUAAAGCUGACACAGGGAAGAUCCAGAGAGGACAAAUCCUGAUGAUUCUCUCUGGGACCUCCAGUAAAUGAACACAUCACUCGAAAACCAUAGCAGUUUCAAGUCAUGGAUACUAAUGAUGACCCCGAUGAAGACCAUCUUACAAGUUAUGAUAUUCAGCUCAGUAUUCAAGAAUCCAUUGAAGCCAGCAAGUCUGCAUUUUCUUCUGAAAGGUUUGUACCACUGAGUGAUCAAAACAGAAAACUUGUGGAAGCCAUAAAACAAGGUCACAUUCUUGAGCUCCAGGAAUAUGUGAAGUAUAAACAUGCAUUGGAUGAAGCUGAUGAAAAAGGAUGGUUUCCAUUGCAUGAAGCUGUGGUUCAACCCAUUCAACAAAUACUUGAAGUUGUUCUGGAUGCAUCCUACCAGACACUCUGGGAGUUCAAGACCUCUGAAGGAGAAACACCCUUGACUUUGGCAGUCAAAGCUGGUCUGGUGGAAAAUGUAAGAACUUUACUAGAAAAGGGAGUGUGGCCAAACACCAAAAACGACAAAGGAGAGACGCCACUUCUGAUUGCUGUAAAAAAGGGCUCCUACGACAUGGUGUUCACUCUGCUUAAACACAAUGCCAGCCUUGACCAGCCCUGCAUCAAGCGAUGGUCAGCAAUGCAUGAAGCGGCCAAACAAGGCCGCAAGGAUAUCAUAGCGCUGCUACUAAACCACGGAGGCAAUGUCCACUUGAGAGACGGAUUUGGAGUCACGCCGUUAGGAGUUGCUGCUGAGUAUGGUCACUGUGAUGUGUUGGAACACCUAAUCCACAGAGGUGGUGAUGUGUUUGCUUUGGCGGAUGAUGGGGCUUCAGUAUUGUUUGAGGCAGCAGGAGGGGGCAAUCCUGACUGCAUUUCCCUCCUGCUGGAAUAUGGAGGAAGUGGAAAUGUACCCAACAGAGCAGGGCAUCUUCCAAUACACCGAGCUGCCUACGAGGGACAUUAUCUUGCGCUGAAGUAUCUUAUCCCAAUAACAUCCAAAAAUGCAAUCCAGAAAAGUGGGCUAACACCAAUUCACUCAGCAGCAGAUGGACAAAAUGUACAGUGCCUAGAGCUGCUUAUUGAAAAUGGCUUUGAUGUCAAUACCCUGCUUGCUGACCACAUUUCCGAGAGCUAUGAUGAUGAGCGGAAGACUGCGCUCUAUUUUGCCGUUUCUAACAAUGAUAUCCAGUGCACAGAAGUCCUUCUGGCUGCAGGUGCAGACCCAAACCUAGAUCCCCUCAACUGUCUACUCGUGGCAGUGAGGGCCAAUAACCAUGAAAUUGUCCGGCUGCUUCUCUCCCACGGAGCUAACGUCAAUUGUUAUUUUAUGCGUGUGAAUGACACACGUUUCCCCAGUGCCAUUCAAUAUGCCCUAAAUGACGAGGUAAUGCUGAGGCUGUUGCUGAAUAAUGGCUAUCAAGUGGAGAUGUGCUUUGACUGCAUGCAUGGGAACAUCUUUGGAAAUUCAUUUGUGUGGUCAGAGAUAGAAGAAGAGGUACUACCGGGGUGGACAUCUUGUGUAAUAAAAGAUAACCCGUUCUGUGAGUUUAUUACAGUUCCUUGGAUGAAACACUUGGUAGGCAGCGUUAUUCGUGUAUUAAUUGAUUACAUGGAUUAUAUCCCUCUGUGUGCUAAACUGAAGUCUGCACUACAAGUACAGAGAGAAUGGCCAGAAAUCCGUCAAAUACUAGAGAAUCCUUGCUCGUUAAAGCAUUUGUGUCGGUUAAAAAUUCGAAGACUUAUGGGUCUCCAACGACUCUGCCAGCCAGCCUCAAUGGAGAAGCUCCCUCUACCACCAACCAUUCGAAGAUAUAUAUUAUUUAAAGAGUAUGAUCUCUAUGGACAAGAGCUAAAAUUGCCAUAAUUUAAAAAAUAAUAUUUUCAAAUGUGAUUUUAAAAGUAUUUUAAAAUGGGAGUCCUUCAGAAUUUCUUGGAAUCAUUUUAUAUUCUUAAAUGUGUUUAAAUCCAUUAACAAUUUUAUAAUGAUCAUGUGUUCUUAUGGGGACACGGUAUUUUACAUCUUUAGAAACCUUUACAUUGUGAUUUUUUUAAGCUGGUCAGUAUUUUGUACGUGAAUUUCUAUUAAUUAUCUUCACUUCCAACAAGUCUUCAACUUCUCCCUAUCAAGUGUCUCCUACCAUAUACGUCUCUCCUGUGUUUAUAAAACAAGCAAACAACCACUUUCUCAAACCCGCAUCUCCAGCCAGUUGCUGGCUCUUUCCUUUCUUUUAUACCCAUACUGCAUAAAAGAGCUCCUUCCUGCCUGCAGAUGCACACUCUAUAAUCUGGCUUGGGCUCCCUCCACUGCCUUUCGCAAGGUCUUUAACAACUGCCUUGUUGCUAAUUUCAAAGGGCAUUCUUCAGUCCUUUCAACGGAUUCCCGCAGCAUCUGGCACUGCCGUCUGCUCUCUCCGUAAAAUGGUUUUCUCUUAGCUUUCAAGACACCUUGCUCUCUUGGCUCUCCUCCCACCUCCCUGGCCGGCCACUUUGUCUCUGGCUUCUUUCUGUGUUGUUUAUCUGCUGACAACCCGUUAGUAUGUCCUAAGCCCUGUUUCGGUCUUAUGCUGUGUUUUCUGGGAGAAAUGUCAUCCACAUCUAGAGUUUUAAUAACUAACCAUAUGCUAUUAACUUAGAAAAUUUAUAUUUGAAGUUCAACUCUUUCUCUCAUGCUCUGUAAACAAGUAUUCUAAUGGACUUUCAAAGACAGAGGCACCUCAGUUCCUCCACAAAAGUGCUCUUUUCCUACAUCCUCUAGCUCAGUAAAGCCCAAUUAUCAUCAGCUCAGUUUACUUAGGAAAAACCUGGACAUCAGCCUUGACCAUCCCAUUUUUCUUACCCAAUAUAACAAAUCACCAAUUCCUGGUAAGUUUGUCCUUUGAAGACAUCUUCUUCUACUCAGUCUUACUGAUUUGGCCCUAAUUCUAGCUAUUCUCUCCUUUCUCGUGGGAUACUAUAGUGCUAUCUAAAUGGCCUUGCCUUCCUGCUGUCUUGUUCCGUCCAACAUACAUUCUACACACAACAUCCCAGAACAAUCUAUUACAAAUCUAAAUAGAGUUUCACUCUCCUGCUUAAAAUCAUUCCCAUUGCUUUUAGGAUAAAGUCUAGAGUUCCAGGACUUCCUGGCCCUUCCUGUUUGAAAUCCCUGCCUUCCUCCUCAGUCUUAUCUCUUGACUUCUCCCUUACCCCUCUCCUUUAACCAUACUAAACACCUUUUAAAAGUUUAUUGUUUGAACAGUGAUUCCCAGAUUUUUAGAUUUUACAUACCUGCAGUUUUAAUUUUGCUAAUUAAAAAAAUAGGGUCCUCUAUUUUUAAAAAAAUUAUCAUCUACUAUCACUGUCAUUUUAUAAAAGAGGAGCCAUUUUAACGCCAGGAAAUCAGUCGGCCUUAAACACAAUUAUUAAAAUUGAAUGACUUUAGCUUUUAAAAGAUUUAACACACUGCCUUCAUUUCCUUGAUGGGUGAAAAUUCACUGUGGCCCAACAAAUACCUAAGGUCCUUUGUCUGGGAACCACUGUUGUAGAAAUGGACUAUGCUCUCUUAUGCCUUGGCGUCUUUGCUUUUUUCUCUCUCUGUGCCUAGAAUCUCUUUUCAUUUCCUUCUUCCCCUCUCACCCCUUGUCCUAAGGUCUCAUCUUAGACAAUCCUUCCUGUAGGAUGGAGGGCCACAGCACAGCAUUUUGCAGGCUGUAUUAGAGGUGCCUCUGUUCACAUCUGUCUGCCCCACUAGACUGGAAGCUCUAUGAGAGGAGGGCCUAUGUCUGUUUUGUUUUCCAACGUUUUCUUAGAGCCAAACACAUUCCCUACAGCACAGAGAACGUUUGAUAAUUAUUCGUUGAGUAUAUUGAAUGAGUAGGUUUUAGUAUAAGACCCAGACAAAAAUAAUCCGUGACCUCAUCACUAUCAUGGUAAAAUGAUAGUUUUGAGUCUCUGAAUUGGUUAUGUAACCUUAAUCAUGUAAUUAUCGAGAUUUGUUUUUCUUAGAUUUUAAUAAUAUGUUUUUCUUAUAUUUAUGUUUGUCUUUGGAGUUACUGUAUUCUUUCAAUAGUAAUACCUGAUUGGUUUGUGAAUUUUUCAAGUUGUAUUUAGCUUUAGUUAUCUUUCAAAGAGAAAUAAGCCUGAAAAAAAACCCUGUGCGACUAGAGCUAUAGUUUUAACCUCCUGUAUUCCCCAGGGGAUAUAUUUUAUAUAAAUUAAAAUGUAAUUUAUUUAUUUAUUUAAUUCAAACUAUAAUCUUUUGUGUAUAGUAUUGCAUGAUUCCCUCUAUUUUUCUCCUAGUUGUGACUAAAUGCAUUGUUACUUGCAAGCAUUGCUCUUAAUCAAUAAAAACUAAUACUGGGGAUGUAAGUCUGCUUUAUAUUUCAGAUAUUCAGUAAACUAAAGCACUGACAUUUCUUUAAUGUAUUCUUGUGUAAAUACAUUCAAAAUACUUCGGAUAUUAAAUAAACUCUAGUACAAGAAA